AUGGUAAUUAAAUCUUCCUUUACUCUAUCACAAAUAUUUGUCUGUAUCUUUUCCCUUCCUCCAGAUACUACCUUCCUUUGUGAAGGACAGGUUCCUGGUUACUAUGCUGAUACAGAUGCUGACUGUCAGCUGUAUCAUAUCUGUGCUGGACCUGAAAAUGGAUUGGUAAAGUAUGAUUUCCUCUGUCCCAAUGGAACACUGUUUGAUCAGCAGUAUUUUGUCUGCAAUUGGUGGUUCAACGUAGACUGUGCACUGGCUCCGUCAUUUUAUUCCCUGAACGAGGAUGUGUUGGCUGCUAUGGAGGCUGCUAACCCUGCUGUAAAAAGAGAAGGCAAAGCUGUCAAUAUUUCUCUGCUUGAAUCAAACCUUGUAGAAUCUGUGCUAUAAUCAUUGUAAUCAUAAACACCAUGCUCAAGAAAUAGAUCUUCAACAAGACAGAGAUUUCCCGUUUUUUCAGCGAUGUCGUCUUUGUAAUGAAGAGACGCCAUCUUUUAAAAAAUGCGCGAAAUCUCUCGCUUUAAAUCCUAAAUGAAACCUUUCUCGGGCAUUACGUAACUAGUCAUAUUUAUUAUUUAUUUGUGAUCUUCAUAUCUUUAGUCUUUAAACUAUCUUGUAUAAUAAUAUUCUUGGUAAAUCAGG